AUGGCUCAGACCCCCGACGGCAUAUCCUGUGAGCUGCGAGGCGAGAUCACCAGGUUCCUGUGGCCCAAGGAGGCAGACCUGCUGCUGAAAACCUGGCUACCAGAGCGGGAGGGUGCUGAGCAAGGUCACGUCCUGGCACUGCUGCGAUGGAGAGCCUACCUGCUCCACACCUGCCUCCCAUUGAGGGUGGACUGCACAUUCAGCUACCUGGAGGUCCAGGCCAUGGCACUGCAGGAGACACCCCCUCAGGUUACUUUUGAGCUGGAGUCCCUGCCUGAGCUGGUCCUGGAGUUUCCCGGUGUGGCUGCCCUGGAGCAGUUGGCCCAGCAUGUGGCUGCGGCCAUCAAGAAGGUCUUCCCUCACACCACCCUUGGGAAGCUAUUCCGGAAGCCCACGCCCCCCUCCAUGCUGGUUCGUCUGGAGAGAAGCAGCCCCUCAGAGGCUACCUCACCCAGUAGCCCCUGUGGUGGCUUCUUGGAGACAUACGAGGCUCUGUGUGACUACAAUGGCUUCCCUUUCCGAGAGGAGAUUCAGUGGGAUGUGGACACCAUCUACCAUCGUCAGGGCUGCCGCCAUUUCAGCCUCGGAGACUUCAGCCACCUGGGCAGUCGGGACCUGGCAUUGAGUGUGGCUGCCCUGUCCUACAACCUGUGGUUCCGGUGUCUCUCCUGCGUGGACGUGAAGCUGAGCCUUGAGGUCUUGGAACAGAUUCUGCACAUGAUGAGUCAGUCGGCCCACCUGGAGGAGCUGGUGCUGGAGACCUGUGGCCUGCGGGGAGACUUUGUCCGGCGACUGGCCCAGGUGCUGGCAGGCCACUCGAGCUCCGGGCUUCGGGAACUCAGCCUGGCCGGGAACCUGCUGGAUGACCGAGGCGUGGCUGCGCUCAGCAGACACCUAGAGCAUCGUCCUGGAGCCCUGAGGAGACUCAGCCUAGCACAGACAGGGUUGACACCUCGAGGAAUGAAAGCUCUGGGCCGGGCCCUGGCUUCCAAUGCGGCCUUUGACUCGGCCCUGACCCACCUGGAUCUUUCGGGAAACCCCGGGGCACUGGGGGCCUCGGAGGACAACGGGGGCCUCUAUAGUUUCCUGAGCCGUCCUAAUGUUCUGACGGUCCUGAACCUCGCAGGCACCGACACCGCCCUGGACAUUGUGAGGAGGUGUGAGGCCCGUGGGUGGACUGGCGGGCACGGCUGGCGGGGAGGGGUCAGUCCUCCGGCCGGUGCAGCCUCCACCCUCCUCCCGCAGCUCUUCGCCGCGCUGUCCCGCGGCUGCUGCGCCAGCCUCACCCACCUCGACGCUUCCAGGAAUGUCUUCUCCCGCACGAAGUCCCGGGCUGCGCCCGCCUCGCUGCAACUCUUCCUCAGUCGCGCGGGGACGCUCCGGCACCUGGCCCUCGCAGGCUGCAAGCUGCCCCCCGACGCGCUCAGGGCCCUUUUGGAAGGUCUCGCGCUCAACACGCACGUGGGCGACCUGCACCUGGACCUCAGCGCUUGCGAGCUGCGCUCCGCGGGCGCUCAGGUGAUACAGGACUUAGUGUGCGAUGCUGGCGCAGUGAGCUCCCUGGAUCUGUCGGAUAAUGGCUUCGGCUCGGACAUGGUGACUCUGGUGCUGGCCAUCGGGAGGAGUCGGUCCCUGCGACAUGUGGCCCUUGGAAGGAACUUCAACGUCCGGUGCAAGGAGACCCUGGACGACGUCCUGCACCGGAUUGUCCAGCUCAUGCAGGAUGAUGACUGUCCUCUGCAGUCUCUGUCUGUGGCAGAGUCGAGGCUGAAGCUGGGCGCCAGCGUUCUGCUUCGGGCCCUGGCCACCAAUCCUAACCUGACAGCCCUGGAUAUCAGCGGCAACGCCAUGGGAGACACGGGUGCCAAGAUGCUGGCCAAGGCGCUUCGAGUUAACACCCGACUCCGGUCUGUGGUCUGGGACCGGAAUCACACAUCUGCUCUGGGCCUGCUGGACGUGGCUCAGGCUCUGGAGCAGAACCGAAGCCUGAAGGCCAUGCCUCUGCCACUGACCGACGUGGCCCAGGCGCAGCGAAGCCGCCCGGAAAUGACAGCACGUGCAGUGCAUCAGAUCCAAGCCUGUCUCUUGAGGAACAACCACACAGACCAGGCCUCUCCUGCCAGCACCUCAUGCCAGCAGCCACUAGGUCGGGUCUCUAAUCCCUCUGAGCAGGAAGUGAACGAGCUUUGUCAGUCGGUGCAGGAGCUUGUGGAGCUGCUGGGCUGUGGUGCUGGGCCUCAGGGUGAAGCCGCUGUGCACCAGGCCGAGGAUGCCAUCCAAAAUGCCAACUUCUCUCUCAGUAUUCUCCCCAUUCUAUAUGAGGCAGGAAGCUCCCCAAGCCAUCAGUGGCAGCUGCGGCAAAAGCUGGAGAGCCUCCUGGGGCAGGUGGGCGAGGUUUGCCGCCACGACAUUCAGGACUUCACUCAGGCCACACUGGACACAACAAGGAGCCUCUGCCCACAGAUGCUGCAGGGACCCAGGUGGAGGGAGCAGCUAGAGGGGGUCCUGGUGGGGUCAAGGGGCCUCCCAGAGCUGCUCCCAGAGCACCUGCUGCAAGAUGCCUUCACUAGACUCAGGGACAUGCGGCUGUCAGUCACGGGGUCCUUGGCAGAGAGCAUUGUGGCUCAAGCUCUGGCGGGUCUGAGUGCAGCGCAGGAUCGGCUGGUGGAGAGUCUGGCUCAGCAGACAACAGUGGCAAUGCCCUCUGCCACACUGGCCCUGGAAGAAGGCCAGCCCACCCCCUUUGGGCCUGGGAAAUUGGAAGGCCUUUUCUUCCCUGAGGAGAAGGAAAGGGAGGAUGAAGAGGAGCAGAAGAAUGACAGUCCUCCACAGAGAUGGCCUGAGUCCAACCCCUGUCUUCACCUGGUUCCCUCCACUCACAGUGCUGCUGAGGAACCGGAGCCCGAGCUGGCGGCUCCUGGAGAGGAUGCGGAGCCGCAGGCGGGCCCAUCUGCACGCGGCUCUCCGAGCCCUGCCGCUCCCGGGGCCCCUGCCGGCCCGCUGCCUCGCAUGGACCUGCCACCCUCCGGGCAGCCUCUGCGCCAUCCGACCAGGGCCCGGCCACGGCCCAGGCGCCAGCACCACCACCGCCCGCCACCUGGGGGCCCUCAGGUGCCCCCAGCGUUGCCGCAGGAAGGAAAUGGGCUCAGUGCCCGAGUGGAUGAGGGUGUGGAAGAAUUCUUCUCCAAAAGGCUGAUCCAGCAGGAUCGCCUCUGGGCCCCUGAGGAGGACCCAGCCACCGAGGGUGGCACCACCCCUGUCCCCCGUACACUGCGAAAGAAGCUGGGCACCCUCUUUGCCUUCAAGAAGCCUCGUUCAACACGGGGGCCACGGCCUGAUCUAGAGACCAGCCCUGGGGCAGCUGCCCGCACUCGAAAAACCACACUUGGGGACCUACUGCGGCCACCAGCCCGCCCUGGCCGUGGGGAGGAGCCUGGUGGGGCCGAAGGGGGCACUGGCAGCCCUGACCCUGCCCGUAGGAGCCGGCCUCGCUACACUCGGGAAAGCAAGGCCUACUCAAUGAUACUGCUACCUGCUGAGGAGGAGGAGGCAACACUGGGUGCCAGACCUGACAAGAGGCGGCCUCUGGAGCGAGGAGACACAGAACUGACCCCAUCCUUUGAACAGAGGGUACAAGUGAUGCUGCAGAGGAUUGGCGUGAGCAGGGGCAGCGGGAGUGCCGAAGGAAAGAGGAAACAAAGCAAAGAUGGAGAGAUCAAGAAGGCUGGCUCAGAUGGGGACAUUAUGGACAGUUCCUCGGAGGCCCCUCCCAUCUCUAUCAAGUCCCGCACCCAUUCCGUGUCUGCUGACCCCUCAUGCAGACCUGGGCCAGGGGGCCAGGGGCCUGAGUCCACCACCUGGAAGACACUGGGGCAGCAGCUGAAUGCAGAGCUUAGGAGCCGUGGUUGGGGCCCACACGACGGUCCAGGACCCCCUUCCCCUUGUCCCAGCCCUCGAAAACCCAGUCCCUCCCCAGACAGCCUGGGCCUCCCAGAGGAUCCUUGUUUGGGCCCCAGAAAUGAAGAUGGCCAGCUGAGGCCGAGGCCUCUCUCGGCAGGGCGACGAGCAGUGUCUGUGCAUGAGGACCAGCUCCAGGCCCCUGUUGAACGACCUUUAAGGCUGCAGCGGUCCCCUGUCCUCAAGCGAAGGCCAAAGCUUGAGGCACCCCCAUCACCAAGCCUAGGAUCUGGCCUUGAAGCCGAGCCUCUGCUCCCACAGGAUACAGAGCCCUCCAGCCCCGAGCGGAGCCCACCCUCCCCAGCCACAGACCAAAGAGGCGGCCCCAACCCCUGACCCUCUCCUUUCCUGCCGCAUGAGAUUAUUUUA